CAACGAACAAUUUCCUUGCAUAAGGUUCUUAGUGGCUUAAUGGUUGUGCUUGAACGUUGGGUUCCAUGGUCUUUCUGUUUUAACGGGAAAUUAAUUAAUGAAUUAACCCUUCUUCCCAAACCGGUGUAUUAUAUUCUAUGCUGCUUAUUUUGUUAUUUUCUGGAACAUCCCGACCACUACUAUGAAUAGCGUUCAAUCAUUUCUGAGAAGUAGCAAAAUUUUCCAAGGCGACGCCAAAUAUCUAAUCGACAAAAUAAAAGGAGAUAUCAAGUGGAAGCGUAACUGUAAGGUAUUGGACGUUGGAUGUGGCCCUGGUAAUUACACGCACGAUGUUCUUCUGCCAAUUUUGCCGCAAUCAACGACUGUUGUAAUUGGAGUAGACAAAUGGCCGGAAGCUAUCGAUUACGCCAACUCCAAUUAUGGAAAAUUUGGCGAUAUUUUAUUUAAAGAAAUGGACAUCGCCCACGAACAAAACACCAAUUACCACACUUAUUUUGACCACGUCUUCUCCUUCGACCGUCUUCAAUCUGUAGGACUCCAAGAAACUGCUCUAAGAAACAUCCGAAAGAUGUUAAAACCUGGAGGCGAUUUCUUCUUCUCAUGCGCAGCUAAUCUUAACCUAUUUGACAUAUAUUCCUUCAUGUCUAAGAAAGAUAAAUGGCGCUCGUACUUGGCGAAUUACACCAAAGAUAUGCCUCCUUAUAAAUACUCGCGACAUCCAAAGGAAAGCCUUCGAGAGGAACUUUUGAAAGUGGAAUUUCAAGAAGUCCACAUCGAAAUCGUGCCAAAUAGAUGUGUAAUACCUCUCGCACUAUACCCAGAGUUUAUUACUUCUCGUAUCCCGUUUCCGAUACCUCCACAACUCAAAAGCGCUUUUGUUUUUUCAUCAUUACAGGCACUAAAAGAGUUGAAGUUCGAUAAAUUUAUUGAUGGUGAAGAAGUCUACGUGCUCGAAAUGCAAGGUAUAUAUGGACAUGUAACUAGGAGAAGAAUUUAAGACCAACGAAGUUUCCCAAUUGUAUGUCGACAGUGUUGCAUUUCAUUCAUGUCAGGCAUUAUGUCUGGUUGCGUAGUGAAUUAGGUGUAAGCUACUACAUUCUGUGUAAAAUACCUACAGACAGUAAAUUAUUAAUUAACUCGUUUUUGGCGAAUUGUUUAAAAAAAUAGCAAUAUA